UAGUUUCUCGCUGCGUGUGCUUCCUGGUCAACAUGUAUAGAGGUUUGAAGCACGUUGUUUAGAUGCUGAUGCACUGGCUACUUGUUUAAUGGUGCGCUAUAUUGAGAAAAAAGUCUUUACGGAAAACGACCUAGCUAACAAAUGCAACAAUACUGCAACGGACCUAAACGACAAUGUAACGACUGGCUUGUGUCUCUGCUUUUAAGGUAUCCUUAUCGCACAGAAUUUGUUUUGCACGCUACACGUGAAUGCGUGGAAGUGUGUGUUAAACUGAAGUCGAGAUAUUAUGUAAACAAAAAAUAACUACAUGACAAAUAAACAAAUGACACUACCUGUAAACAGACAGUGGACUUGACCGCUUGCCUGCAUGUCUGCAAGCAGGCUACUUUAUUGUGCGAAAUGUAUCACGAAACGGUCACUGGUUUAGACGAACCGCCGCUGAAUGGGAAGCAUCCUGACACGUAUUUCGGCGAUGCUGGUCGUGGGGAAAAUUCAAGAGCAGAAGAAAUCAUGUACAAUUCCGCCAGUACCUCGUUUCCCACGUGGGAACCAUUAUCAGAUCGCGAUUCGGUGGACAGCCUGUUUCUGACUCAGCAUGAGGCGCAGCCAGUGAGAACCGUGAGAAGACAGAGACCAGAGGGGGACGCUCCGAAUCCGCUUGCUGCUGGAGAACCCCUCUGGGAAAAUGAGGAGUCCAGCAGCCCCCACGGACCGAGGGAGGCACCGUCAAAACCAAGAAAGAGCCACAAGGCCAGCCAAAGGAGACGGAGUGUGCAUAGCUACAAACGAUUGAACCAACGCAAGACUUUGACCUGUGAACUUGCAGCACUUGGUGGCUUUUUCAAACGCGUGAUGGAGAUGAAGGUGUCUAAGCGUCGAAAAAAACGAUGCUACAAGGACACUAAGAGAUGCAUGUCCCCAUUACCCGAUCCAGAUGAAGGAGAGGACAAUGAAGGCAUAAAAAUUGUGGACCUGAGAGAUUUUAUUCCGAAAUAUAAGAUAGCACGGAAGGGAUAUCUCCCAUGGCUUGACAGAAAUGAUCCAGUGGAUACUGUGGCUGAGAAAACUAAAGACGUGUCCGUAACGCCGAGCAUUUCAGACUCUGGCAGUGGAUCGUUGGCAUCCGACAGCGAAGCUGGCAUCGGGGAGAGUGAACGCUCCGAGAGCGAGGCCGAAUGCCAGCCUGUCCCGUACCCCAGCUCUGGAAGGGUCUCCAGUUGUAUGGCAGAAGCUCUAGGCAGUCGCUUUAGGCGGGGUGAGAUGCAACCCGUGGCUAGGAGAGCAUCCAACCCAGAUUCUGAAAUGGCCACUGGAGUAGAGAAGCUGAGGACAACGAGGAAAGACACAGUAAGACAGCAGCGUGCAGCUGCGGAGAGGCCUCCACACGCGACCUUGAGCCAAGCUGGGGUCAGUGAAGAGGAGGCUAGAACUGAACAUCUGCCAGUGCGGGACUUUCCAGUGACGUGGCUGUUGGCUCCAGGAGAUCUGGGAAAUUCACAAGGUGGGAAAACAAGAGAAGAAGAAGAAGAAGUAGAAGGAGAAGAAGGGAGCCUGUGGGAAGCAAAAUCACAAGGGGACAGAGAAUUGGAAGGGGAAAAUAAAGGACAAGAGAGUGCUAUGGUGAGCAGUGCGGGUAGAAAAAACAAGAUUUUACCUGUGCCUGUGAGGAAAGACGAGAAAAGGGGCACGUGGACAGACGAAGAAUCUAAUGUAGGCUUGCAGGGUAGUGUUCGAGAAGAGAGAGUAACUGUACCAGACUUAGUCCAGGUCGAGACUGAGGAUAUAGCGAUGGAGACAGUUGAAGGUAUAACACCGAGUGUAACGGAAGGUCAGCCAGCUGAACUCCUGAGGGGCGACGAACAAAGCAAAAGAAAAGAGGUGGACGAUGAAGAAUCUGUAGACCUGCCACCGGACAGUGUGCCUGAAGAGGGAGGAACUGCUGGGGGUGCAGCUGAGCCUGACCCCCACCCCCAGCCUCCCAGGGACUGGCAGCGCCAAAUCCAGGACAAGGAAUACUGUUCCAGGGUUGGGGAGGGAGAGCAUUCCAUCUUGAACUUCAGUGUUCCUGAACCUGUAGGCGACUCUGCUUCCGGUGAUGCCAUCUGCGAAGAAGGGAUAAGGAAGAAGAAGAAAAAGAAAAGAAAGAAGGACAAGAGUGGGAAUGUGGAGGAGUACAUCAAUGAACCACCAUGUGAAACUCUCAGUGAUAGUCUUCACCUGACACCUGAAAAGGAGAAAAGUUCUGGAGCUCGUGUAGGUGAAAGUUCUCACUUGAUCUCUAUUGUUCCAGAAGCUGUUAGUGACUCCAGGGAUGUCAUCUGUGAAGAAGGUUUAAGGAAGAAGAAAAAGAAAAGAAAGAAGGACAAUGAUAUGAAUGCAGAAGAGCAUGAAAGUGAACCACCAUGUGACAGCCUUUGCUUGACAGAUGACAAACAGAAAAAUUCUGAAGCUGGUGUAGGUGAACACUCCUUGAUCUCCAAUGUUCCAGAAGGUGUAAGCAGCUCUACUUCUUGUGAUGUCAUCUGUGAAGAAGGGAUAAGGAAGAAGAAAAAGAAAAGAAAGAAGGACAAUGAUGGGAAUGCAGAAGAGCAUGAAAGUGAACCACCAUGUGACAGCCUUUGCUUGACAGAUGACAAACAGAAAAAUUCUGAAGCUGGUGUAGGUGAACACUCCUUGAUCUCCAGUGUUCCAGAAGGUGUAAGCAGCUCUACUUCUGGUGAUGUCAUCUGUGAAGAAGGGAUAAGGAAGAAGAAAAAGAAAAGAAAGAAGGACAAUGAUGGGAAUGCAGAAGAGCAUGAAAGUGAACCACCACGUGACAGCCUUUGCUUGACAGAUGACAAACAGAAAAAUUCUGAAGCUGGUGUAGGUGAACACUCCUUGAUAUCCAGUGUUCCAGAAGGUAUAAGCAGUUCUACUUCUGGUGAUGUCAUCUGUGAAGAAGGGAUAAGGAAGAAAAAGAAGAGAAAGAAGGACAAGAGUGUGAAUGUGGAGGAGUACAUCACUGAACCACCAUGUGAAACUCUCAGUGAUACUCUUCACCUGACACCUGAAAAGGAGAAAAGUUUUGGAGCUGGUGUAGGUGAAUGUUCUCACUUGACCUCUAUUGUUCCAGAACCUGUUGGUGACUCCAGGGAUGUCAUCUGUGAAGAAGGGAUAAGGAAGAAGAAAAAGAAAAGAAAGAAGGACAAUGAUGGGAAUGCAGAAGAGCGUGAAAGCGAACCACCAUGUGACAGCCUUUGCUUGACAGAUGACAAACAGAAAAAUUCUGCUGCUGGUGUAGGUGAACAAUCCUUCUUGAUUUCCAGUGUUCCAGAAGGUGUAAGCAACUCUACUUCUGGUGAUGUCAUCUGUGAAGAAGGGGUAAGGAAGAAUAAAAAGAAAAGAAAGAAGGACAAGAGUGUGAAUGUGGAGGAGUACAUCAAUGAACCACCAUAUGAAACUCUCAGUGAUAGUCUUCACCUGACACCUGAAAAGGAGAAAAAUUCUGAAGCUGGUGUAGGUGAACACUCCUUCUUGAUCUCCAGUGUUCCAGAAGGUGUAAGCAGCUCUACUUCUUGUGAUUUCAUCUGUGAAGAAGGGAUAAGGAAGAAGAAAAAGAAAAGAAAGAAGGACAAUGAUGGGAAUGUGGAAGAGCAUGGGAGUGAACCACUAUCUCACACACUGAAGGAUAGUCAGACUAAGACUCAGGAUAAAGACAGAAGCUCCACAGCAGGUGAAAUGGAGCACUCUCACUCUAAAUCCAGCAAUCCAGAAUCUGUUGAUGACUCCGACUUUAGUCAUGUCAUCUGUGAAAAAGGGAUAAGGAAGAAGAAAAAGAAAAGAAAGAGGGACAACUGUGAGAAUAUGGAGGAACAAGUUGGCAAGCCACUACCUCAUAUGCCCAAGGACAAGGAUUUGUACCAGACGAAGUACAAAGAGAAAAGUUUAAGUACUGGCGCAACUGAGUGCUAUCAGUUGCAAUCUAAAAUUUCUGAACCUGUAAAUAGUUCUGCAUCUUGUGAGGUGGUCUGUGAAGAAAGGACGAGAAAGAAGAAGAUAAAGAAAAGAAAAGGGGGUCAUGGUAUGAAUGUUUGUGAGCAAGUCAGCUAACCUGUAUCUCACACACUGACAGAUAGUGGGCACCAGACAAAGGAUAAAGAGAGAAAUUUCAGAGCGGGUGAAGCAGAGCCCUCCUCCUCAAAUUCCAGCAUUCCUGACCAUGGUAGUGACUCUGCCUCUGGUGAUGUCUGUCAGAAAGGGUUGAAGAAGAAGAAAAGCAAGAGGGACAGCAGUGGGAAUGUGGAGGAGGAUAUUAGUGGAACACCAUCUCACAUACCCAAGGACAGUCUCCACCAGACCCAGUAUAAACAUAUAAAGCUAGUCAACAAACUUUUGCUGUGUGGUGGGAUUUCUGCCAUUCAACAGGUCAUAGACAACAGGCAGUAUGGAUGCAGUACUGAGGCUUCUCUGGAGGCUAUGGAGGCCAGUCUUACAUCUCAGUCUAAUGAAGGGGCAGAACUGAAGAAGAAGAAGAAUAAGAAGUAGAAAAAGCAUAUGCUGACAGAAAAAGAGUGAAGCAAGCAGUUUUUUUUUUUGACUGACUCGUACUGAAUCCAGUGAGCUGGAACGUUCCGCUGGACCCUAUUGAAGGGUAUGGUGCCAGGAAUUAACUUCAAGAUGCUUUGGCAAUGAGUACCACUAUGUGCCGAGGAGAUCUACACAGGGGCACGAAGACUCGCGCCCACUUGCAAAAAUGGCCAAAUUUGAGAUCACCUAUUUACAGGGUUCUAAGGUUUCACUAGGUUUUCCAUUGGUAAAGGUUAAACAUUGCAGAAAGCAUGACGGAGAAAGCAACAGAAAAGUCAAUGGUCACAAGUGCACCCACACCUGGGCCUCCAGUAAAUGAGUCUUCAUGAGAGGAGAAAAUGAUUGACAGUUGCCAUGAGCAGUGGAAGGAGAUGUAAUAGAGGAGGACAGUAUGGUCUGGCGCAUAAAAACAGACGUUGCUUCUGCUUCUAAGAAAGCAGUCCAUCAAAUAACACCAUACUUGGGCACCAAUUUUCUGUGUUGUUCAGAGGGAAGCCCCAUAGGGACCAUACAUUUCCACAACUUGUGGCAGAAUUUUUCAAGAGCUAUUUGGAUGAGACUGAAAGUUUCUAUAACUGUGUCAUUACUCCUUGAGUACAAAACAGUGUUUUAUCAUGUGUAAAUGUAACUGGUAUUUUUCAUAUGUGUUUAAAAUGGGUUUUUACAACUGUAAAGGUACUGCACCUUGUUUGCAUGCAUAUAGAUUAAAAUCUGUAAUGCAGCUGAUGUAUUUAAAAAAAAAAACUUCUAAAAAAGCAUUGUUAAGAAUCUACAGUAUGCACCAUUUUACUGAUUUCUGUAUAUAAUUGGUGAAGUGGUGCAUUUUGCAGAUUAUUAAUAGUUUUUUAGAAGAGCAUAGAUAAAUAACCAAUGUCAGGCAUCACUACAAACUUUCACCGCCUGCUUGGAUGCUGGUGCUUUUAUUACCAUCUAAUAAUGUAUUUCAGAUGAAUUUGAAAUGAUUAUUUAUGAUGCUCAGAGUCAUAUUUUCCCUUUAUUGCAGUUUAAGAUUGUGUACAUUGACAUAGUAAAUUACACGCAGCAUUUAAAGGAAAACUGCAUUUGUAUGAUUUUUUGGGCGCCGUCAAGGGCCCCCUGGAGUUAUAUGCGCAGCUUCUGUCAACAAGCCUUGACAUGCGAGCCAAAUUUACUUCCGGUCGACCAAAGUUUCUCUGCUGUAAGAAAUGGAUGACGAAAAAAAUGCUGACAAGAACAGGUCGUAUUCCGACCCUUCUGGUUUGGAAGACGAAAAACAGGUGUUGACCAGAGACCUCUUUAACAGCAUUGUCUAUGAAGCUAUUAUAUCCAGAAAUUUGUACUUUCAUAUUCGAAGACGGGAUUUAUUAUGGAAAACGUCUAUCAUAUGAACUUUAGACUGAUUGUGUUUUUUUAUAGUCAAAUAAAUAACUUCAUGGCUUCCCGUGCCAAAUAUAAGCCGUACACACCAGUUUAUAACUGUAAAUAUCUUAAGGUAGACAUUAUUCCUUAAAUUGCAAUGAAAGAGAAAGCUAAUAUUUGUUUUUGUCCAUCUGCACACCUCACUUCGUUAAAAGUUACGGUGAGAAAUUUCAGACACUUCUUUGGAAAAUAAAUAAAAAAAUAAGUAGAUUUCUUCACUGCGCACCAGUGUUCCGUGAAUUCAAUUGCAACGUAAGCCGAUUGUGCAUUUAGCCAUAGUGUUUAGACAUUUAACUGGUGGUAACAAAUACAAAAAUAAACUACAAUGUAAAAUGAGAAGUAGGAGGGCCAUUUGACCCAACCCACUGGAGUAAUGUCUAACACGGUUUAUAUACUCAAGACAUCGUGAGAGCUCGACAUUUAAACGUUAGGCAACUAUUAUGUAAGUCUGCUCAAACUGCAGUGACCGAAGGACGCGUCAGCGGCAACUGCUCUGUUAACUUUCUCGUACUUAAAGCGAAGGUUGUUCUAACUAUUUUUUAUUUUUUAGCUAACAUUUAUUCGGUUGUCAUCGCAAUGACUUCAUGUCACAGUGUUGUUAAUCUGCCUGAGGUUAGAAAAGUGGCUAUCUUUGGAGGUACACACGGAAACGAAAUGUCAGGCGUGACGCUAGUUAAUUUGUGGAUAAACAACGGAGCGGAGAUCCAGAGGAGCGGACUGACGAUAGAGCCCUUUAUAACUAACCCCCGGGCUGUGGAGAAAUGCACUAGAUAUGUCGACACCGAUUUGAACAGAGCCUUCACACAAGAUAACCUAAGCGUGCCAAGAACUCAAGACCUACCAUAUGAAGUGAAGAGAGCUCAAGAAAUCAAUCAGAUGUUUGGACCCAAAGGCAGUCCAGAUGCCUAUGAUGUCAUUUUUGAUCUGCACAACACAACCUCCAAUAUGGGCUGUACAAUUAUUCUGGAGAACUCAAAGGACCACUUUAAUCUUCAAAUGGUGAACUUCAUCAAGAGCGCCAUUGCUCCAGCCAGCUGCCCGGUGCUGCUGACUGAGCACCCGCUCCUUCAGUACUCCACGACGCGAUCCGUUGGCAAGCACCCCGUCGGUGUUGAGGUCGGUCCCCAGCCUCAGGGAGUUCUACGGAGCAAUAUCUUUGAAUCUAUGAGAGCUAUCGUGAAACAUGCAUUGGACUUUAUUGAGCUUUUUAAUGGAGGUAUGGCGUUCCCACCCUGCACUGUAGAUGUAUACAGAGUUUCAGAAAGAAUGGAUUACCCAAGGGACAAAAAUGGAAACAUUACUGCCAUGGUCCAUCCUAAUUUACAGGACUGUGACUGGGAGCCGCUAAACCCGGGCGACCCGAUGUUCCAAGCGUUUGAUGGGAGAACGAUCAAAUACGAGGGUGACAGCACGGUCUUUCCUGCCUUUAUAAACGAGGCGGCCUACUAUGAGAAGCACCAGGCUUUUACCAUGACCAGGAGAGAAACAUUAACAGCGAAUGGUAUCAAAGCCUCCAAAAUGUAGAUCCACUGAUGAGUGUAAUUACAGGAGGUUUGGUGGUGAAAUAGUCUGCGCAUUUUUUUGUGAUUAGAUGCAGCUUUGACAGCUGAUUUUAAAUGUAAAAUGUUCCUGAAAUUUAUGAAGAUUUAAGUUUUUGACAUUUUUAUUGAUAUUUUGCCAUAACGUAUAACUAUGCAAUAUUUUAUGCAAUAAAUUACAACAAAAAAACAUUAGCUAUUUUAGAAAUGUUUUGUGAAAAUCUUGUGGUUACAUUUAAGGUCAGAACUGUAAUUGUGAUUGAAAAUGCCUAUUCAUUAGCAGAAUAUUUUCUCCAAACUAAAUAACUGUAUAUAACCUGAAUGUCCCAGCAAGAAUCUGUGAGAUACUAGGCUCUACUUUUUCAGCUCAGUUUAGUGUACAAGAAUAUUUAAGAAGACUCAGGAAAUCGUGUGGUCAGUAUUCCUUACAUUAAAAUUUAAAUAUUAACUCCAAUACCAGCUUAUCCUUAUGUCUGUACGUCCUCCAAACACUGAUGAAUCUGGACUCUAUUGCUAUGGCUUGCCUUAUAAAGUUAUUGCCAUGUUUUGUUAGGGAUAAAGGUUGUUGGCAGUUUUAGCAGAGUAAUUUCCAUUAAACUGCAGUACUGUCUGGAAGUUUGCAACAAAGAAAAAAGUACAUCCUUUAAGCCUUAAACUUCCUGUUGUAUGAGUGUGCCAAAUGCAGUAUUUUAUUCUACCUACUGUUUUACAGGGUUUGAGUGCACCCUCACUUCUGUGAUUCAAACAUUACCUCUUGUUGAACUUGUUGACAGUCAGACAGAUAUACAGAUGGCUAAACAUUCACAUAAAAAGCCAAAUGCAGUAGUAUGUGUGUGAGGGUAAGUAGUCACUGUUUUUACAGAAUUUUUCAUAUUUUUUGAAAAGGGCUAAAUUGUGUGUAGUCUGCAACACUACCCUUUCUUACGUUCAGUAACCUUAAUCAUAAAAUGAUCUUGUAGAAGAGGGUACAGUAAAGUCUAAAUUUGAAUGUGUAUAUUUUUGAGAACAUUAUUCUUGGUGAACUUACAUUUCAGUUUUUUGUACAUUACAAAUUUAUAUUUGUAACACACAGAAGUAGGUUUCUACACAUAAUCUGAGCAUUCGCGUUGCAUUUUUAAUUAUGCAUAUCUAUUUAUGUAAGCAAGUUGUGCAGUGCAAUUGUUUUCAUGUCUAAACUGGUAUUUCAGCUUUCAUUUAAGUAAUUCUGAAAUUAUUUAUUAAAUAGUUAAAGUUCUCUGGUCGUUUGUGUUAGAUGACUGAUUUUGUUCUUUGUGUUAUUUUCUGAGAGUCUUCCUUAUGUAUGACACAUUCCAUUUUUAGUAUAUAUGUAAUGUAAUAUGUAAUGUUUUAUUUAAUAUGUUGUGGAUAUUUGUUGCAUUGUUUAAAAGCAAAACUAAUUAUUCUCUAAUUUAUGAACAAUACAUGUAAUUGCCUUGCUGAUAUAGUAAUUAUAAGUAGUUAUCAAAGUAUUUCUGAUUACUGUAUUUAUUAACAUGAAAUUGGAUUUAUUAAAAUAUGCCAUUACAAAUCUACUUGAAUUGCUUGACUUAAUCAUGUUUAGCAUGGGAGCACAAACAGUCAGUGUCUUCCAUGUCAAAGUGAUCCAGGAGUAUUAGCCGCAUCAUUUUCUAUCAGUGGGUCCAUGUAUUUGAUUUGGUCUGCGGGGAGCACUGUCAUCUACCAUGUCUUCCAUCUACAGCGUUUCAGUGUCCUGCAGUUCAGUUGGAAUUAUUGCCGAGCACACCUUUCUUGACACACCUUUUCUUUCAUUUAUGAUGGAAAUUGUUUUUUAUUAGCAGAAGUAGACGAAAGAUGGCCAGACUCAUAAUUUCUGUUCGCUAAGUUUUGUCGUAAAGGAUCCCAUUUCUGUUUCCCAUGUGAUAUUUUUAAAUAUGUCAGUUGCGGAAUACCUGUAAUAUUCUAAUGUCAAUAAACUGAACUGUGAAGCAUUC